GAAAAGCAAAGUGGAGGACGUGACCAGUUGAAGGCGGCUCCCGAUCUCCUCUGUCGGAACCAUGCGUCCGUGAGUGACGGCAAUGUGCUGGUGAUCAGUCAGGCGUCCUUCCGGGAAGGUUCCAGACAGUCGAGGCUGCUGCGUUAGUGGUGUGUACACGUGAAGGGCGCGGAGUCGUGUGAGUCCGCAAUGGAUGACUUUGCCACACGGAGUUAUGGCACCAGCGCACAAGACAACCGGCCCUUGUUUGGGGAGACAUCGGCACGGGAUCGAAUUAUCAAUAUUGUUGUUGGUGUCCUCACGUCUCUGUUGUUGCUGGUAACGGUCAUCAGUGCUUUCGUUUUCCCUCACUUGCCUCCAAAGCCACUGAAUGUUUUCUUUGUCAUCUGUAUCUUGAUGAGCUGUGCCUCCAUCGGUGUCCUCAUCUACUGGUAUCGGCAGGGAGACCUGGAGCCGAAAUUCCGCAACUUGAUCUACUACAGCCUGUUCUGUGUGGUCAUGCUGUGCAUGUGUGCCAACCUGUAUUUCCACGAUGUUGGAAAAUGACUUGAUUCCCUCUUCUGCUCACCACCCCUACCCCCUCCACAACCCCCACCCCACCCCUCGCUCCAAGAUUUGGGAUGUUCGCGACGUCGGUCUCCGAACCCCCCCACACACCGGCCGACCGACCGACCGAAAGAGGGAGUUCCAGAAGGUCCCGGAAACACAACCCCAGGAGUCUUUGCAUCGAGAGCGCAUUUGGUUCUUUCUCCGCACGUUCCUCAUCGUUCCUUUUUCUCUUCCCCCCCCCCCCCCUCA